AUGGGCCCUGGGGAGGCUGCUGCUGAGGAUGUUGUUGUUGUUGCUGAGGAUGUUGCUGGGGGUGUUGUUGUUGGUGGUGUUGCUGCUGGUGAGGCAUCUGGGGCAUGGACGCGGAGACGGGGCUCAUCAUCAUGCCCUGGGUCUGCGGAGGAUGCUGCUGUUGAUGUUGCUGGUGGUGGUGCGGCGGCGGCGGCGGAGGAGGAUGCUGCUGGUGUGGUUGUUGAUGUUGCUGGUGAGGCUGCUGCUGCUGCUGCUGGUGAUGCUGGCAGCGGCGGCGGUGGCGUACAUGCCGAGGGCUGGCGGUUGGGCGUAGAGAGAGCGGCCAUGCUGGUCCUGCUGGGCGACGGAGGAGGCAGGGUGGUAGAUGGGCGGGUAGGGCCGCUGCAUGUGCGCCGUCGCCAUGAUAGAGAGAUGAUAGAGAGAGUAGAGAGAAAGUGGAAGAAGAAGUGGAAGAAGAAGCAGAGUGGAAGAAGGAUAAGAAGUGGAAGACUAAAAGAGGGGGAGACUAAAGAGGAGAAGAAGGGAAGGGAGCAGGCAGGGCAGGGCAAGGGUGAGACAGUAGCAGCAGAAGAAGAAGAAGAAGCAGCAGGGGAGGGAGAAGUUGCUUUUUUUUUCUCAUGGUUGCUUUUUAUUUACUUUUUUUGCUUUUUUAUUUUUUUUUUUACUUUUUUACUUUUUUACUUUUUGCUGUUGCUUUUUUGCUUUUGCUUAUUUUACUUUUACUUACUCCGUACAUACGAAAACGAGUCUACUCUCGAUUACUCUCUACUCUUAUUACUCUCUCUCUACUCUUUUUUUGGCUUCUACUCUACUUCUACUACUCUAUUCUCUAUUCUCUAUUCUCUUCUACCUUCUAUCUUCUCUUAUCUGCUCAACUCCUUCCUUCUUGAGAAGUCGGAGUCUUCUUCUUCUCUUUCUCCUUCUUCUUCUUCCUUUUCGACUACUUCUACCCUCCUUCCUAAUCCGACUUCCUCCACGCUUGGCAACAUGUCUUGGCAAACAAGGAGAUGCUUCCUCUUUAGAGAGAGAGUAGAAGAGAAGAAGAGAGAAGACAGUAAGAGAGAAAGUAGAGUAAGGGAAGACAGUAGAGAGAGGAAGAAGAAGAGAAGGCCACUCACCACUUACUUCUACUUCCUUUACUCUUUACUCUACUUCCUCUACUUACUCUACUUCUACUUCUCUACUGUCAUCUCUUAA